AUGCAGACUACUCUGCCGCUAGCGUCUACAGUAUCGCUUCCGGAACAUACAGGAGUGUUGCUGCCUGGAGGCUACGUCAUUGUGGACCCACGAAGUGCUGAGGUGGCACAGAUAGCAGAAUUCGUGGUCGCGGACAUGAAUGCCAAGAUGGACGCGGCUGUGCACUUAGAAAUCGUCAAUGCAGCCGAAAAACACGCCUCCAGCGGUCACAUCUCCUCUGGUUACAACUCCCAAAGUUUCAGCUACGAUGUUGUUUUCACCGUUACCACCACCACCCACGACACCCAAAGCCGAAAAGCGAGCGUUGCCGAGCGGUGGUCGAAACUGGUUACCAGCCAGUACGAAGCCGUGGUGCUGAAAUCGUUACAAGGGUCACUAGCUGUUAGCUCUGUUGUGAGAUUAUCAAGUCAAACUCCGGUGUAUAUACCUUCUGAGGAGGAGGUUAUCAGCUACAGUACGGCUGCGAGAGGUGACUCUAUGCGGGACAAUGACACUGUAACGGGGUGCAGUGAUGGAGACGUUAUGGAAACGACACUAUAG